AUGGUGGGUGACUACCUGAAUGCACUUUCACCACAUCAUAAAGCAGUGAAUAUCCGCCAAAAGACUCUUCCUCCAAAUCAUCCUGACAUCGCUGAAUCUUACAAUAACAUCGGCGCAUUUUAUAACAACAUGGAUGAUCAUUCAAAAGCACUUUCAUCUCAUCAAAAAGUACUGGAAAUUGCCCAAAAGGCUCUUCUUUCAGAUCAUCCUUGUUUGACUAUUUCUUAUAAAAAUAUUGACUCAGUGUAUUCCGUCAUGGGUGACUAUUCAAAUGCGCUUUCAUCUUAUCAAGAAGUACAGCAAAUCCACGAAAAAAUUCUUCCUCCAAAUCAUCCAGAUUUGGCCCGUCUUUACCACAACAUUGUUUUUUGUAUUACAACAUGCGUGACUACUCGAAUGCACUUCUAUUUUAUCGAACAGCACUGGCAAUUUGGUUGA